AUGAUUAUUGAUUUGCACUUGAGAGUUCCCCAUCUUUCUCGUAAACUUGUCUGGUUCAAUGAAAAUGAAAAUCAUUUUAUUUUUCAGUUCUCAGAUGAUGGAGCUCCUGAAACAAAUGAGCUGACAAUGUCAAUAGGAAGUAUGGUGUGCUGGAACUUUGGAGAUCAGAUACGAAGUAGGGACUUCCAGUACCUCCUCCACUGUGUAAGUGUAAAAGAGAAAGAUCAAAUAAUGCAUGACCUCUGGAAGCAGCACACUGAAGAGAUGAAAAUGUUGGAAGGUAAUGUUUUGACUGUUUUUGAUAAGGAGUGCACUGUUGAAUUUCAGCCAGGAGCAGACAUGUCCUGGCAGAGCUGGGCUGCCAAUGAACUCAACCAGGCAGCUACAUAUCCUUCCCAUAUGCAAAUGUUCAUAAAGGAAACAUGAACACUAUGGGGGGUAGUAUUGGAGUGGGUAAAGAUGACACCUGGAAGCCUUACACUAUGGAAAUGAGAACCUCUAAUACUGAGAAGGUAAACAAUUUUAUCACCUCUCUUCCCCCAAACCUUUCGGAAAAAAUUAAAAUUACAGAAAUUUGCAGUUUAUGGCUGAAAAUGGCAUCCGACAGUUAGGUCUCCCAAGGAUUGGGCAUUUUGCAGACAAGUUAAGGCCAGAACCCAUGCACUGUGAGAUCAAUGCCUGGCAGCAUUAUAUUGAUCUCCUAUAUUUAGAGGCAGUAAGAAGAGGAAAGUUUGAUCCUUUUGUUUCUGCCCUGUUAGCACCUAUAGGGAAUAGAGAUGGAGAUGUUAAGGAGGGACAACCCCAAAAGACUCUUUUGAGGCUUUCUGAUAUAGACAGUGUUGGGGAGCGUGCCAGAAAGCAGGAAAUGUUGCAGAAAUCGGAGGAGGACCUAAAACAAUACCUGCAGAAGACAGGUUUUCCUCAUGUAAGGCAUGCAACAGGUGAGGGGGUGUGGACUGGGAUACUUGGCUUCAAGAGUAAAAGAACAUUUUAGUGAUGAAACUAACAGGUAUAAAAAAAAUUACCAGUUAGGCUUAUUGGCAAUCAAGCUAUUGCAUUGGCUCGAUAUUACUACCGUUUAGUUGACACUUUAGAAAAUGAAGAUGAAACAGAGGCACAAACAAUCCAACGACUGGCUCUUAGCAAGAUAGGUGAGUAUCUGAGGAAUGCUGGGGGGCUUUUUAAUAGAAUAGAGACCAAUUCUGCUCAGGUUGCAGAACUGAAAGAAAUGUGUAGUAUGUAUUUUAACCUGAUGUCUUUGUUUUUUUCAUCCAGUGUUAAUGUCACAACAUGGACAAUUGGAUAUGCCAUUCCCUAUCAUGCAAAUUUGCUGUUUACAAGGUAUGGGGUGGGCUAUGGCAUUGUCUCUUUGCAGGCUAAAGAGGCCAAACAUUCUGGUGUGAAGGAAGAUUUGACCUUAACUAACCGGUCAAAUGUAAGUACUGCCACUGGUAAAUGGUGGCAAGUAAUGCGAAGUAAUUAUGUUCGCUCAUUUUACCUCCCAGAACAUCAACCAAUGCCCUCUUCUUAUAUCUCACACUACCAAUCACGUUCUCCACCACACUGUCACCAAUCAAAUGUUUGUAAUUGUGGUAGAAAUAAAGAAAACGAUUUGCUCAGUUGUAAAGUUUGUUUCUCCAGUAUGAACCUUGUGACUUGUGCAAGUAGCAGAGGUCUGACAGAAUCAGUGUUGUGUGCACUAAAACCUGUUGUCUGUAAACAGUGCAAUACUCGCUUUGCUGAUAACCUGUCAUUAUUGUCUCAUUUAAAGUUUUGCAAUGCCACUGAGCUAAGAAAGGUAGCUAUACAGCCAACUUUGAUGACAGUACCUAGUUUAAAGGAAGCUUUACGAAGUAGAGGAUUAAGCACUGCAGGUACUAAGGAAAUUCUAAUUAAGCGCCUUGAAGGUGCAUUGGCUGGGGAGGGGUAG